GGAGAGAGACAGAGAGAGAGAGAGAGUGAGGAAGAAAAACAAAAAAAAAGGACAGAAACAGAGAGAGAGAGAGAAGGAGAAAGGCAGCGGAGAGAGAGAGAGAGAAAAGGAGAGAGAUAGAGGGAGUGAGAGAGAGAGAGAGAGAGAGAGUGUGUGAGAGACGGAGAGGAGGGUCGGCGGGCACCGAGCUCCGAGCCCGGUCUCCCAUCAGCGGAGUAUCCCCGAGCCCGAGCCCCGGGCGGCGGUAGAGCACGGUCCGGCCUCCCCGGGCCCCGCCAUGGCCGCCAACAUGUACCGGGUCGGAGAUUAUGUCUUUUUUGAGAACUCUUCAAGCAAUCCAUUCUUGAUCAGAAGAAUAGAGGAAUUGAACAAGACCGUCAAUGGCAAUGUGGAAGCAAAGUGUGUUUGUUUCUAUCGGAGACGAGACAUUUCAAGCAGUCUUAUUGCCCUCGCUGAUAAACAUGCAAGGGAAGUGGAAGAGGAGAUGGAGAACACAGAACUACAGGAGCUAUCGGAGAAUGAGCGACACCAGCUGAAGCACCGUGAACUCUUCCUGUCAAGGCAGCUAGAAUCUUUACCCGCGACCCACAUCAGGGGUAAGUGCAGUGUUACACUGCUAAACGAAACAGAGUUACUUCUAUCCUACCUGGAACGUGAGGACACUUUUUUUUAUUCACUCGUCUAUGAUCCACAGCUGAAGACCCUUUUGGCAGAUAAGGGAGAAAUCCGUGUUGGGCCCCAAUACCAGGCAGACAUUACAGACCUACUGAAAGAAGGAGAGGAGGAUGGAAGAGAUCAGUCCAAAAUGGAAGCCAAAAUCUGGGAUGGUGACACCCCAUUGACAGACAAACAGAUUGACCAGUUCUUAGUAGUUGCUCGGUCUGUAGGUACAUUUGCCCGUGCUUUAGACUGCAGUAGUUCAGUGAGACAGCCUAGUUUGCACAUGAGUGCAGCUGCUGCCUCCAGGGAUAUCACUCAGUUUCAUGCCAUGGACACCUUGUACAAAAGCACCUAUGAAGUUUCGCAGGCCAUCUCUGCGUUAGUCCCACAGGGUGGGCCAGUGCUUUGUCGAGACGAAAUGGAAGAGUGGUCUGCUUCAGAGGCUAACUUAUUUGAAGAAGCACUGGAGAAGUAUGGGAAGGAUUUUGAUGACAUCCAGCAAGACUUUUUGCCCUGGAAGUCAUUAACCAGCAUCGUAGAGUACUACUACAUGUGGAAAACCACUGACCGAUAUGUGCAACAGAAACGAUUGAAAGCAGCUGAAGCAGAAAGCAAACUGAAGCAAGUGUACAUUCCUAACUAUAAUAAGCCAAAUCCAAACCAGAUCAAUGGAAGCAGCUCAAAGACUGGAACAAUGAAUGGAGGGAGUGCGCUGGCACCUAACGGAGCAGUGGCAGUGCCAGGACCGGGUCGAGCUUGCGAGAGCUGUUACACCAAUCAAUCCUAUCAGUGGUACUCGUGGGGCCCACCCACCAUGCAGUGCCGACUCUGCGCAGCCUGUUGGGCCUACUGGAAGAAAUACGGUGGACUGAAGAUGCCAACCCGACUAGAUGGUGAAAGGCCGGGACCAAACCGGAAUAAUCUGAAUGCCCAGGGUCUGCCGGUUCGGAACAGCAGCAGUCCCAAGUUCGCCCUGAAGACAAGGCAGGCCUUUUAUCUGCAUACAAACAAACUGACAAGAAUGGCCAGGCGUCUAUGUCAAGACAUUUUGCAACAGGCAGCGCGGCACCCCCAUGUGCCAAUUAACAUCACAGCCAUCAAGGCAGAGUGUAAGUACCAAGAUACACUGCGGUUACCUGCAGUACCAAUACAGAUCACAGGAUUGAAACGAGCAGCUAGGAAACCCUUGGAAACAAUUGUGGAAUACCUCGAGGCCCAUCCGUGCCCGAAGCAAGACCGUCCCAACGUCAGUUUGCACAUCAGCAACGUGACACCUGCUAAGCUGAUGCCUAUUUUAAAUCACAGCUCUCCAACCAUCCUGGGCAAGCGGAGCUAUGAGCAACACAAUGGCAUUGAUGGCAGCACAAAGAAACGUCUUCUGAUGCCUUGUAGGGGGCCUGGACCCAGCCCUUCGAAGAUUCCAUCACGGUUUCGGAAGCUGCGGCCUGCUACUCCAUCUCCACAAUGCGUUGUCCUAGACACUGGAUCUCCUGCUCACGCUUCUGAAGCAUGGCCGAGAUCAGUUUCAGCCUGGUCUGGGUCUCUUCCAUCGCUGAAUCAAUCUUCUCUUGGAGUUUUACAAACUCCGAGACCAGGCUCUGCUGCACAGGUAUGUCGAACCAUACCCCAGGGAGACAGCUGGAAGAUCCGCAAGUUGCUUACUUCCUUUGAGAGGAGACGUAGCGGGAGGAGGCCCCAGGCUCAAAUUGCCAUUGAACAGUGCCAACCAGACCCAGCAAAAGGACCAAGGCCUCCCCUCAGUGAUGAGCCCAUUGUGAUUGAAGAUUAAUGGAGAAAGUCAACAUUGUUCAUCUGCCUGUAUUUCACCCUGACAAUGUUGGUUUCGCCCAGAGGAAAGGAACUGUAUUUGUUUUCUUUUUAAAAAAUAUUUAAAACAAUCUUUAUCUUUGUAACAGUGCUCUCAUCUGAAACUGAGACAUCAGGUUGGUUAUCUGCCCUUCCCAUCAUUUGUUUUCUGUCAUUGGACCUACCGAAGGAAACAUUUACAUUGAUGUAAAAUUCACAACCUCCGGACAUCAGAAAGUGUUUUACAGCCAAUGAUGUAAUUCUUGAAGUGUAGUCACUGCUGUGUGUAUGGAAGUGUGGCAAUCAAAUUGAGGUCAGAUCCCACAAAACAAACUGAAAUGAAUAGCCAGAUAAUCAGUUUUAUGAUGUUUGUUGAGAGAUGAAUGUUGGCCAGUCUGGAACAAAUUCCCAGUACCUUUUCACCAGCUCUAAAGUCAAUUUAAAUUAUUAAGGUACAAGAGAGAAAAGAACAUUUUCAGAUUUGGUUUGGUGAAGAUCAGAAUUUGGGUCCAGUUGGAGAUCUGACGGUUCUGUGGUGAGCCCUUUGAAUCCACCACACUGUGUGAAUUAAUCUUCAUUAUGAAGUUUUAGAUUCUUGAAAAUGUUAGCUGGUCAAAGCUUUCUGCUUCAUUCAAAAGGGGAAGCCAAGGAUUUAUUUCCUCCUUUCCUCCCCACUGAUGAUGCCUCAGUUAUAGGAUGCACUAACCAAAGUCACCUACUCCGUGCCCAUACCCCUCCACCACAUCACAAUCGAGGUGCAAUGAAGGAUCCUACCUGAAACAAUAGUGCUGUUUCCUGUUCCACACAGUGACUAACUUGGCUGUUUACAACAUUAGUGGUGGGGAGUUGGUAUUUAGAACUCCUACCCUGUCCCCUUCUUCAGAAAGUGCUAAUCUCUUCAAGGUAUACAGUUCUGCAGAAGCCAGUACCUCUUGAGUAUCUCACACAAAUCGCAUGUGUGUUUGGUUAAUGAAUGGUAGCUGACUGUCUGACCAUGGGAUGAAUAAUGGCUGAACCUGAUCCCAUCUUGACUGACAGUACUUUCACUUUUUCAUAGGAUAGUGGUCAAUAAUAGGAAGACAGGUUGGUAAUUUUCCACAUCACAGUCUGGGACUUAGUCAGUAGCAGUCCUCUGAGAUUAAAGCACACCUAGGAAUUUAACCCUCUGCUAAAAAAAAUCCUUUUCCCCCAAGAUAUUUGUUGAGUUAAUGAUAGUACAGAGAAAUAGAGGCAGAUGGAGUUUUAACAAAAAGAAAUUGUCAUUUCUGUUCUCUUUCACAUGGCCAAAUUUAGUUCUCUUCUAUCUAUCUGUUUCUUCUCUGUUCACCUGCCAGCAUUUCUUAGAUGUUCUCGAUGACUGUUCCAAGAUCAGGUCCAGUGGAACUUCAGUGUGAGUCAAACUGGGAGAAGGGACAUAGGAUAAGUCUAUUGUGCGUUGCUUUCUCACUCUGUUCAAUAAGUUCUGCAUAUACUAACCUACCUUCCUCGUUGGCUAAAUUUAAUUUCUCUCUUCCCUUCUCAGUGAGUUUAUGACCUCGUUUGUUCUUUUAAAUCCUAAACCUCAUCCCUAAUCUUUUCCUGGAUCAGAGGGUGAUUAUGAACUUAAGCGUGGGGAGGGCAUGUAAUUAGGCAGGACAGGAGUGUACCUGAGUGCUCCACCUUCUUGAUUCCAUCAGAAUUAACUCCUGGGUAAGAAGACCCUGGGUCAAUCUUGUGUCCUGCUGCUAAUUGAGCAGAUCCUAAGUGACCAGUUAAUGAUUACUGAAGGCCCUCAUCUGCAAUCACUGGGAUUAACCCAACUGCGGCUGGGCCUCCUACCAGGUAGUACGUACAACCAGCUACAACUUUGCGGCCAACUUGUCCCCUGGUGGGAGACGGGGUCUCUCCUUAAUCAAAUGCACUCAGUGCCUGAUCAAGGAAUUGGACAUUAUGAAGAUGGGUCCCAGUGACAUCCCUCCCCUGUCUGCUGUUGAACUCUCUCUGCCCUUUUCCAAAAUCCUCUUUCCCCAACCCCUCUUUGUCCUUGACUGCUUGCGAUCCUGGGGCUCUGGAACCUGCCUUUCCUGCAGCAGUCACAGCCUCCCCAAUAGUGCAGCUGGCCUACAGCUUUCAGUAAGUGAAACUUCCAUCCCUGGGGACUUGGUUCCCAGAGAAAAAACCACCACUGGACUCCCCACUGGCUGACUGACUUGUGGUUGAGAGGGCCACUUUAAAAAGAAGCAGUGCUCUCACACCAGCUAUCCAGCCAUGGCAGGAUACCCACUUCAUCAACAAGAUUCUCUGCUCUCUAUCUCUAACGACAUGGUUGCUUGUAAAAAGAUCCUGAAAAUUUGACAGAGCUCAUUAGCACAACAUAAUAACUCCCAACCAACCAAGUGUCUUUAUACUUUGAGGAUGGAGUUUUUUUUAAUGUUUUUUUUAAAGAAGGUUUUUGUUUGAACGCAACAAAGUAACUGCAUAACU